GAGCAUUCCCUUCAGCCGCCUUUGCAGUUUUUCCAGAUUGGAAAUCCUUGAAUUGGAGGAAUGCCCUAAUCUUAAUGAACUUGUACAACUUCCUCCUAGUUUGCUCAAACUCUCUGCAAAAAACUUGUCCCUCAUUGAGAAAAAUAGAUAUAUCAACUUUGAAAAGACUCAAGGAGCUGUAUAUUCCCAAUUGCAAGAGUUUGAUUGAGCUUCCAGGCCUGGAGAGUCUUAAUUCCAUACAUAGACUUGACAUAACAAAUUGCAGUGCUUUGACUAUUCCUUUGACUGAAAGCUGCUACCAGGCAUAUUCAAAAGAUGGUGAUGUCGAGAUUUGGCUUCAAAUGGUCGGAUCUUUUUUGUAUUGCACUAUACCAUCACUAUUGAGGCGUAAGUUCUUUGAUAUCAUCCAUGGGGGAUUUGAUCCUAAUUACACUUGUGAAGCUCAUAUCAUUGUCAGAAGCAGAACAACUGGUGCUUUGAUUGUAAAGAAAGUGGAGGAUGAUAUUGUGAUCAACACGUCUGAAAGAUUUCAUUUUAGGGUCCGAAUAAAGGUUGGGGAAGAAGUGGAGGUGUAUGCAGUGUUCCAACCUUUGAAGAUAUUUAGCUUGUGUGUAUUACAUAGAAACAUAGAUGGUGAAGUGCGCUUCUUUCCAUGCCCAAAGGGGUUCGUGGAAUUUGUUGAACUAGCAAUAGAUGAUGCCACAGAGAGAGACCAUCCCUUGGCCUCUAAGGAAGAGCUACUUAUACAAUACAAGCUAAGGUAGGAAUUUAGCCACAUAAUUCAAACAUUUAAAUCUAAGGGCCUAGAGUGAUUCUCUCACCCGCCACCUAUUUCCUCUAAUACUCCUCUC